AUGGAAUCCAGGGAAGCAAUCCCAUGGGCUGGGAAUUCCCGGAAAGAAGCAGAGCAUUGAACAUCCCCCGCUUCCGCAAGUCACAUGGUCUCGAUCCUUUGUACUAUAGUCAGGGAAGUAGAGACUUGUCUAUCGACCCAUGUCCUCCGGUUUUCAAAUGGCAGACUAUGGCAAGCGGGGAGUCGUUGUUUGGCUAACAUCUACCAGUGAGUCGCAGAGUGUGGUAUAUCCCCAAGUGAAGAAUUAGCAAAUUGUGAGUCGCCAGAAUUCAUUGCCACGACGUCAUACUACCUUGUGGCUAUGCUCAUGAACCCAGAUCAACACUCCGACGCUAAACUUUUCUUUGUCCAGCUUAAUAAAGAAGGAUUUGGAUUGAAGACAGCUGCUGAAUAGCUUCACUCACCUACCAUAGUCGCUUGAU